AGUAAGUGUUAACAGUUAUGUGGGUAUGAGAGUGGAGAGGGGAGAGUUUUUCAUCCCCGAUAGUCAAUUGAAUAUAUUUAAACCACAUGUAGAAUGGAAGUUAGAUUUAGACAUUUCGAAGAUCACCCAUUAUUAUUAUACAUAUUAGGUUAAAUGUCUUGUGAUCAAAUGGUAUCGACAUCGAAUGAUACGAGCAUGUUUUCCAUGUUAAAUGAGAACGCCGUGACGAACAUACAAAGGUUCGAGGAAAUCUCUUCGUCUCAAAAGUAUUUUGAUCGACACAUCGUGAGAGCUACGGAACUGCUUGCAAGAAAUUCUUCAACGGAAGUCGUUGAUGUGAGUAAACUAUCUCAGAAGACUACAUCGAUAAUUCGAUAUAUUGAAAUUGACGCUGCGCAUGGACGCCUUUAUUUCAUAAAUGGUCUAACGAGUACUGCUUGUUGGCUAAAAGUCAUUCCAUUUGCAAAUAACUGUCAUAGCUACAACGUGUUAUUGAUGUUUAUCAUCGAUGGUAUCGAUGGUAUAAUGAAAACAAAGGAAACAGGUCUCGGCGGAGCAUUGUUGAUGUGGUUUGCUGACGAUAUCCUGGCCAUGUUGGAUAUAUCAUUUGUGAGACCAUUCAAUAUACAAAGUUACAAUCGCUACGUUUGUCCCAAUUGCAACAACCGGUUCAAGUUUUCAAAUCCCUUGAAAGUACAUAUUGCUCUAAAAUGUGAUCAACUAGACAUUAAUCAUCUCUGGACCGAGGUAGAGAAUGAAUUUAAUUUAACGAUAAGGCCGCACAAUAUGUGUAAGUGUAGUAAGUGUAGUAAGUAAAGUGUUGUAAGUGUGGCUGUUCCGGCCAAUGACUGUCCUCAUGCGAAGUAGACGAAAAUAAUAAUCAGCAAUCUCGGAAAAUCGAAACAAGACUACUCUUGUUUCCAUCGUGGAAAAGUUUAUACAAGAAAGUAUGGUCUAAAGAUCCACAUCAGAUUAAUAUCACAUUUUAUUCUUUCUAUUAUCUAACUUAUGCAUUAAGAUGGUUACUUUCUUCUCAAAGAAAGACAUGAUUCUUUUACUUUAACAACUUUCUCAAAUAACGACUAAGAUCUGGGAAACAAAUUCCAAGUUUUACAUCCUUUCGGUUUCCAGAACUCAUACUGGUUACAAACCUUUAAAGUGUCCAUGUUGUUCGCGAUCGUUCGGAGGCCCCAAUAAUUUCGCUAAACACAUACGAUUGCAUACGGACCGCAUGAUAUCGUAUAGAUGAGAGUUAUGUGGGUUAGUUUUCAUUGGAAAGGGAGAUCUUGAAAAACAUAUAAUGUUAGAACAUUAAGAAAGUAUGGAUCACAGUUCGGACAGCUCGUUCGAAGGAAUUGACGUCGAAUCAAAGACUUGAGUAGAUUCUGCGAUUGUCACCAGAAAAGCCCAUCGUAAUUCUACGCGAUCCUUUUCUUACAUGCUGCCUGUGGUUUGUGACACUGGACUUGCAGAACCAGAGUUCUUUCGAUCAGAAUCGAAAUCGUUACUGUUCCGUUUCAAUGGCUUUUAGUAUUAUUCAAUAAGAAAAGUGUUUUCGAUAACAAAGGCAAUUUUGCUGUAAUCAUAAACGAAAUCAUAAAAUAGAACGUUGUUCAUCUUGUAAAUAGUUAUGUAGUGCCACAAAUAGACGAGUUCGUACUCUUAUGGCAGAUUAUUAUGGUGCAACAUUCAUAAGAUGAAUGGAAAUAGGUCAUCCGGUACAUAUAAAUAUAAAAACUAUCAUUCUUAAUAUCACAGAUAAAAAUCCAUUUAUUACAAUAAUACGUUUAUUAACGAUAUUAAUAAAUAUGUUCUCCGGCUGAACUUCGUUUUGGGAUAGACUGAAUUUUUGACUUCUUUAUCAUGAUGUAUGAUAGGCUUUGGCGAGUAUAAUUUAAAAAUAACUAGUUUUAAGUUGCGUGAAGCGUUACUUUAAAAGUCAUGGAUAUAUAAAAUUAAUAUAUCGGAUACUUUCGCCAGAAACUAUCGCACAUUAUAAAAAAGAAAAAAAAAAAAAAAUGAAAAAUUCGAUGUGCCACAAAACGAAAUGUAAGCCGUUUUUCUGUUUUGCUCUGUUAGUAGCUUGCUCCCGUUAACUCCAAAUAUUAAUCGAUGGCUACUAAGAAAAAGCGAGUCAAACGUAAUCGUACUGAAAUAUAGAUCUCGCAGGCAAUGAAAAAGUGG